CGUAGGAGAUAGCCUGUUUGAUCACGUACUUCCAUAUGGCUACGUGGCUUGCUGGGGCGUCGUCCAAGCUGGCGCACUCUGCCGCCAGGAGGCUCGCCGGCGACCUACGCCGCCGCGGUCCCGAUCCGUGGUUACUCAGCUCGUCGACGGUGCCGGCUCGUGGGCAGCUGGCAGGGGACCUCAGGGGGUUCUGCUCCGUCCGGCGCUUUGCCGGAGACAGCACCGCCGCUACCGCCGCCGAGGAGUCGGAGAAUGAAUUCGCCGGCGGCGAUCUGCAGCAGGUAGUAGAUUUCCCUGGAGGGAAGCUUUCCUUUGUUGGUGAAAUGAAUUUCGUGCCAGAGUCGCAAAGGGAAAGGAUCAAGUGUUAUCGCGUUCUUGACGACGACGGUGGGAUUAUAUACAGCAGUAGAUUCCAAGAGGUUGGCAAGGAGUUGGCUCUGAAGAUGUACAGUAAUAUGGUCACCCUCCAGAUUAUGGAUACAAUCUUCUAUGAAGCUCAGAGGCAGGGAAGAAUCUCAUUCUAUAUAACUUCCAAUGGCGAAGAAGCAAUCAACAUAGCCUCUGCUGCCGCGCUUAGUGCCGACGACAUUGUACUACCACAGUACAGGGAGCCUGGUGUUCUUCUAUGGCGUGGCUUCACGCCGCAAGAAUUCGCAAACCAGUUGUUUGGGAAUAAGAUGGAUUACGGUAAAGGGAGGCAGAUGCCAAUACAUUACGGAUCAAACCGUCUGAAUUAUUUCACCGUCUCAUCACCUAUUGCCACGCAGCUCCCUCAAGCUGUUGGAGCUGCCUACUCUCUGAAGAUGGACAAGAAGGAUGCAUGUGCCAUCACCUAUUUCGGCGAUGGUGGCACGAGCGAGGGAGAUUUCCACUCUGCUCUCAACUUUGCUGCUGUCACUGAAGCUCCAGUGAUCUUCUUCUGCCGCAACAAUGGCUGGGCAAUCAGCACCCCAACUACUGAACAAUUCAGAAGUGAUGGAAUUGUUACCCGCGGCCAGGCUUAUGGAAUCCGCAGUAUCCGCGUAGACGGCAACGAUACUCUUGCAGUGUACAGUGCAGUUCACACCGCCCGGGAAAUGGCUAUAGCUGAAGGAAGGCCUAAUUUGAUCGAGGCGAUGACUUACCGAGUCGGGCAUCACUCUACAUCCGAUGAUUCAACCAAGUACAGGCCGGCUGAUGAGAUCGAGCAUUGGCGAACAGCGAGGGAUCCCGUCUCCAGGUACAGAAAAUGGGUUCAGGGGAACGGCUGGUGGUGUGAUGCUGAAGAGACAGAACUGAGGAACAGUGUGAGACAAGAGGUAAUGUUGCUGUUGCAGAAAGGUGAAUCUGUGUAACAGCAUUUUCAGAGAAGACCUUCUGAAUCUGUCACUCAUUUCUGUACAGAUUCUUCAAGCCAUUCAGGUGGCUGAGAGGAUCCCUAAGCACGGGCUUGCGGAGCUAUUCACCGACGUUUAUGAUCAAGUUCCUUCCAACCUCCGCGAGCAGCAGCGGUCGCUGCUGGA